AAGUCUGGCGCUGGUCCAGCUGCUAUUCCAUCCUCGAGCUCUUCCCGAGCCUCUCAGACAAGCCGCACGCGCGCUCCUGUCCACCUCCGUACCUCCGUACCUCUUACCGACCGCCGCCUCUGUCUCUGUCCGGAUAACCGAGCACACUUGUUCUGCUGAGAAGACACGAACUGAGGAAACAUGGAGGCCAUCAAGAAGAAAAUGCAGAUGCUGAAGCUGGAUAAGGAGAACGCAAUAGACCGGGCAGAGCAGGCUGAAGUUGACAAGAAAGGAGCGGAGGACAAAUGCAAACAGCUGGAGGAGGAGCUGCAGGGUCUGCAGAAGAAGCUGAAAGGAGUGGAUGAUGAGCUGGACAAAUACUCCGAAUCACUGAAAGAUGCCCAGGAGAAGCUGGAGCAGGCAGAGAAAAAGGCAGCAGAUGCUGAGGCAGAAGUGGCAUCUCUAAACAGGCGUAUCCAGCUGGUGGAAGAGGAGUUGGACCGAGCUCAGGAGAGGCUGGCUACUGCUCUUCAGAAGCUGGAGGAGGCUGAGAAAGCUGCAGAUGAGAGUGAGAGAGGAAUGAAGGUCAUAGAGAACAGAGCAACAAAAGACGAGGAGAAGAUGGAGAUCCAGGAGAUGCAGCUGAAAGAGGCAAAACACAUCGCUGAGGAGGCCGACCGCAAAUAUGAAGAGGUUGCACGUAAACUGGUGAUCCUGGAGGGUGAACUGGAGCGCUCAGAGGAGCGUGCUGAGGUGGCCGAGGCUAAAUCAGGUGACCUUGAGGAAGAGUUGAAAAAUGUCGCCAACAACUUGAAGUCACUGGAAGCCCAGUCUGAGAAGUACUCGCUAAAAGAGGACAAAUAUGAAGAAGAAAUCAAAGUUCUUACUGAUAAACUGAAAGAGGCUGAGACCCGUGUAGAGUUUGCUGAGAGGUCUGUGGCCAAGCUAGAGAAGACCAUUGAUGAUUUGGAAGAGAAACUGGCCCAAGCCAAAGAAGAGAACCUGGACAUGCACCAGGUGUUGGACCAAACUCUUUUGGAGCUCAACAAUCUAUAGAGACCUCUACAGAGCUGGGUGAUAGAUAGCCUGAAGGAUAGAGCAACACACACAAAAAAUGUUUAAUCUCCCACCCAGUGUUCCCAGCAUACCCCUUACAAAUGUAAGCUUAAUGUAACAUCAGCAGUUAAAAAAAGUUGUAUGAGGAUUGGUUCAUAUAUUAAUCUAAGGAGGCCUCAAAGCGACAUCAGCAAGCUUGUGGUUAUUGCAAGCUGAAAACUAUUUUGUGUGCUCUUGGAACAGCUACAUACACUGUUCCUUGCACGCACAUGCAACUGUCUUGUGUAUGCUAGAAGGUCCUGAGCACAGCUAUCUCAGGAGCGACUGUUUCUGCUGAAAAAGUUUGUCUUGUUUGACCAAACAUGAUAAGCUUUUCUCAUUAGAUGUAUGUAUGUGCCUACUCACAUGACUCACCUUAAAGAAUAAUGAUAAGAACCUGACACUCAUACGAGAUAGUUACUUCUGCACACAAGAAACCUUUCUCCUUCACACAAUGUCUUUUCUCCUGGUUGAUCAACACACUUUAAAGUCUGUCCCCUAUGAAAAACAACAUCAUUAACCUAUGUUCAAGUUUUACUGAUUUACAAUCAUGUUAACGAAUCCUUAUGACACAGUUAUCCCUUUAUGUUUUAGAUUAAAAAAAGUAAGACCUCAGUAUUUUUGAUGUUAAAGGAUUAUUAACAGCAUUCAACUACCAAUAGAAGAAAGUAGAACUGAAAGAGAAGGACCUGUUUUCCAUGUUAAAAAAUGAACUAAAUAAAAUGCUGGGAGCUGUAAUACUGACAUUUGAAUAACGGCUUUAUAUACCUUAACAAAAAAGUGCAUUCCUGAAACAAUAAGCAUCAUUAUUUCAAGAUGUUUUUGAUGAUGUGCCUUUUUACAGUGCAACAUACAUACAAUGUGUUCUUUUUUUGCAACUCUGUCAGAGGUUUAUAUAGUACAGUUAACAUUUAAUUGAAAGACAAAUAAUAGGUCACAGUAGUAAUUUCUGUCUGAAUGUGGUUGUGCAAAUUAUUGAUUCAUGAUUAGAAUUUUUUCUCCACUUUGACAUGGAUUAAAGUAUGACUGUUCAUUUCUGGGCCUGCCAGUUUUCCUUCAAUGUUUCUGUGCAUUGGUUCUAGUCCAUGUUGUUAGCGACUUGUGUCUGACAUUAAUGUUCCUAAGGCCACACUUUGCUUUACUCCGAUGUAUCCUGUUUUCCUGCAUGUCAGUAUUAUCAUUAAAGCUCGGUGCUCCUCAGCAUUGUCA